UUAACGCCAGGCACAGUUCAUGAAGUGCGUCAAAGGAUGUCCAUCCGCCGGUGAAUGUAGGUCUCCAAAAAGAUUUACAAUAUUCAUUAUUCUUUACUAGGAUGCAAUUUGGCCUGUUUGUUGGUGAGCAAUGUAUGUAGUAUGUCCCUGAGGCUGGGAGACUGGGGGAUGUGAAUCAGCCUGGUCAGAGAAAUUAAACAAAGACAUCUGAAGGAUGGAGAAUUUGAUGCUGAACUCAAGCCUGCCUCCCAUCUUUGCAGAGGAAGAGGUUCUGAAGCAGCACAACAAUGCUGGAUCAGGGUCCACUGGCAGUGAGAGCAACUCCCAGGCCCCUGGCCAUCCUGAGCCCAUGGAGGAGAAUUCACAAGCCCCUCCGCAGCCGACAGAGUCUCCCAGUGGCAACACAGAGAGCAAGGUGCAGAGGAAUGGAGAAGAGCAGAAACCUCGGCGCCCAAGCUGGCCUAAAGGGCGGAAGCGGAAGAAGCCUAUAAAGGACAGCAACGCCCCCAAAGCACCCCUAACUGGGUAUGUGCGAUUCAUGAACGAGAGGCGCGAACAGCUGCGAGCCGAGUGGCCAGACACACCCUUUCCAGAGAUCACCAGGAUGCUGGGCAAUGAGUGGACCAAGCUGCCCCCAGAGGAGAAGCAGCACUAUCUCGAGGAGGCUGAGAGAGACAAAGAGAGGUACAUGAGGGAGCUGCAGCAGUACCAGAAAACUGAGGCCUACAAGCAUUUCAACAGGAAGGUGCAGGAGAAACAGAAGGGCAAGCAGCACAGACCAGCAGAUAUCCGGCAGGCUGCCAACGAGUCUCUCCAUGAGAAGGAUACAGAGGGCAAGGAGAGAUCAGUAUUUGAUAUCCCAAUCUUCACUGAGGAGUUUCUGAACCACAGCAAAGCACGGGAGGGGGAGCUGCGGCAGCUACGAAAGACUAACAUGGAGUUUGAAGAACGCAAUGCAGCACUGCAGAAACAUGUGGAGAGCAUGCAUGGUGCUGUGGAGCGACUGGAGGGGGAUGUGAUGCAGGAGCGCAGUCGCAAUACCUUGCUGCAGCAACACCUGGAAACCCUGCGUCAAGCACUCACAGCAAGCUUCUCCAGCCUGCCGCUGCCUGGCAGUGGGGAGACUCCCACCCUGGAUACCAUUGACUCAUACAUGAAUAAGCUGCACAGCAUCAUCCUGGCUAACCCACAGGAACACGAGAACCUCAUCAACACUGUGCGGGACGUCAUCAGCCGCCUCGAAAGGUGAGGAUGAAUCGUGGUUGUCAAAGCAUCUUCAGGUUACUGCAUAACAGGAGAAGAGCAGUGCCAGAAAUAACAGACUAAAAAACGAGCUCUCAAAUCUCCAAACUCGCACUUGAGUGUGAUGGGGGCUCCCUUCCGGAUUUCAGUUUCACCGCACAUGUGUAUGAAGCAUCAGCUCCAAGUCUGUUUUAAUUUAACUGUUUAAUAUGCUUUAAGUUGAAGUUGCUCUUGUGAGCAUUGGCUUUGCAGAGGACAAAUAACCCUGUGCUUUUUUAUUUUUUAAAGUAUUUUAUUCUUUAUAACUCUGUUUUUUUUUAGUUGUAUUUAUUAUUUUAUACUUAUUUUAUAUGCAUUGUCCUGCCUCAUGCCUGAUAGUCUGAAAAGUUUUAGAAAUGGUUGUUUAGGAGUAUUACCAUCCUCAAGCUCCCAUGCAUAACAGGUACUUUAAUAUAUAAAUACAAAUAAUUUAAAAUUAACAUUGCAUUACAGGGUAAAUAAAUACAAUUAUACCCAAACAAUUAUACCCAAACUUGAAUAUUUGUUCCAGCACUAAAAAAAAGAAAAAUAGCAUAAUAUGAUAGAGGCUGGGAUAAUCCCAGGAAACCCUGUCCGCGAUUGUCAAACCCUUGCUUAGCAGCAAUAAAUACAACUAUAAGGUUCAACGUACUAUCUGCUGGAGGAACAUUAUUGAAACUACAUUUGGUGUAAAUACUGUAGCUGUUCAGAGUUUUUAAGUAUGCACUUAUUUUUUGUUGCAAUGUUGGUAAUUCUGUCAGCUUUACCAAGUCGACUGGCUUAUUUUAUUAUUAUUAUUUUUAAGUUGUUGUGCAGUCUGUGUUGUACUUUUGUUUUAAAUUAAAGACGUUCUUGAUUGAUAAGUUUACACUGAUGUCUUGUAGAAAAACCCACCACAGGUACUGACUUCACCAAGGGUUUGCUGUAGGCCAGGUUUAUCCAGCAUAAAAAAGUAAUACACUUAUUAUUUAAAAACAAAGCAAAACACAAUGUUCUAAUAAAAGGAACACAACCAUUUAUCUUGAAAACAAAUAGAGCAGGUCAUCUUAUUAUUUAUAUUACAGGGACCACGUUACUCCAACCUGUCUACUAUGUUGACAGCUGCGCCCCUUCUUGCUUAUGACUUGAUAUGCACCAUUUGAAAUGAAAAGGCAUAGUAAAAUGGGAUAGACUUUUAGUGCAUAGUAUUUUACAUGGGAUUGUAGACACAGAUAUGGGAACAUGAAAAAAUACAAUGGCAGUCUAAAAUGUUAAGUCUACUGGGCCUUUUGUUAAUAAAC